AUGAUUAAAGCUGGUAUUAUGUUGUCAUUGUUGGCCAUUGUGGGCGCAAAUAUGAUAUUAAACUUACGGGACAACCAUAACAACAACAACAACAACAAUGACGAUCACUGGAGAUCGCGAGACAACGACGACUACUCACAUCCCAUACCUUAUGCCUUUGGUUACGAUGUUAAAGAUGACAAACACGGCGCCCAACUGUCCCGUAAGGAGGAAAGCAAUGGACACGGAUCAGUGCGGGGCAGCUAUGGCUACCGGGAUGACAAAGGCAUUGAACGUCGGGUCGAGUAUGUGGCCGACAAAGGAGGCUUCCGGGCCGUAGUCAAGACCAACGAACCGGGAACUGCCAAAAGUAAUCCGGCAGAUGUCGAGAUGUUAGCCGAUCCAGUGAUCGUCGAUUGGGGCAAAUGGUCAUCACCUCAACGGUCAGAUAAUUAUAAACAAAUGCUCUGUAUCCAUUAA